AACCACCACCAAUAAUAUCUGUGCAGCAUGUAGCAUCUCACGGUGGCAUAAACCCGUAUGGCCAGCAGACGAAUGGCACCCUAGGAUUACAUUUAUCUAGUUUAAGUGAAGCUAAUUUAAAUACUAUUACUACUACUACUACUGCUACUACUACUACUACACACAGCAGCUCUAGUGAUAAGUGGAUAAACUUUGAGGUCGAUUACGACGAUGAGAUGAUGCAGAACGAUGCUCCCGCACCGGCCCCACUGGCAGUGGUGCCGGUGAUCGAGUCACACACGACCGAAACGUUCCCGGUCGGCAGUACGGCUGGCGAUGAGUUUCAUCGGAUGAUGCACCAGCUGGAAGAGCUCAAGGAGAAACCUCUGUUCAGCGAGGAUGAGCUCGAAGAAGCCACCGAAGAUGACGAUCUGUUCGACGACGAAGAUUACAACCUGCAAGAGGUCAUACGUCGACACAAGGAACGGUUGGAGGAAAUCCGUCGAAAGGCGGGAAUCGUCGAUGAUGCGGACGAUGAUUACUACGACGAUUACAGUGCCGAGGAGGACGAGGAAGAGCAAAGGCGAAAGCAAACGAAACUGUCACCAUCUGGCACUGCGCCGGACGAAGGAACCGACAAUGUUAUGCAGGACUAUCUGAGUAACAUCAAGAGCAAAUCGGCACCGCAUCGGUUUAAGUCGAAGCUGGAUGACUUCAACGAUUCCGGCGACGGUGAUCUUCUGUCCGGUAUCGGCAGCAAUCGAAAGCUGCGAAAGAACGAUUCCAUCAAAAUCAUCUCGACACCGAACGGGAAAGUCGGCAUUGUGUACAAGGUGGAACCGAAGGUGACGGAGGAUGAGUCAACGAGAAAAGCAACACCCGAUGGCAACAGUGGCAACGGUGCUGUGUCGAACGGUGGCGGUGCUGUGGAGCAGCGACAAAACAAGAUCACGCCUGUCAUAACGGCCGACGGUAAGGUGGCAUUGCUGUACCGGGGUGCCUCCGACAACGGUGACACCUUCCGCAACAAGUACGAACCCAUCACGGCCAAGGACAUACUACAGUUGAUCGACAAUAAUAAUAAUAAUAACAAUAACAAUAGUAACGGCAGUGCAGCCGGUGGCAACUCACCCGCUAGCGGGGCGGGCUCAAGCAACACUAACAGCAGUAUUAAACAUAUUACCAAUAAUAAUAUUUAUAAUAGUCAUAAUAAUUACGGUAAUAGUUAUGAUAGUUUUAAUAGAAACGUCAAUAAUGUGAUCGUUGAUUCGCAUCCACCGGACACGGGUGAUGAUUCGCGGGAGAACAAUGCUGCCCUCGGUGGUGGAGCUAGUCGUAUUGAACAGGUACCGACGGUAGCGUACCCGCGCAUCACUACACCAAUGCCACGCAACAGCCCGAGCAACGUACAUCACCACGUCGCUCUAUCAAGCACCACCUCGAGCCACGUUCCGGCCACACCGACCAGCAGCAGCGCGUUCGGCAAGCUGGACGGUACGCUAAUGUCAACCGGUUCCGGUCCAUUUCAACCGUACGAUCGACAGGAAAACUCGCUGCUCAUCAAUCGCCCACUGUCGGAGGUGUUGGGUAUUCGCAAGAAUCAGUACUUGGAAACGAACACAAUCAAAAUACCAAAUAGCGAAACGUCGACGAACAAGAUGCGCAUCGGAACGAACAAUAAUCUGCUGUCCUCGCUGUUGCACAAUCUGCAGCAUGGCGUACCGAACGGCACGAGCGUUGGUGAUCACCGCGAGCCGCAUCUUCGACGACCUGCUGCGGAAGAUGAGCAGCACCGGCGUGCGGGGUACAGUGUGAACGGGUUCAGCCGGUCGCGGUUCUACAUUAACCGACGGACAACACCGGCAUUGCCACCACGCGUUAUCAAGGAGGAAAGCGAGGAAGAUACCUUUAUUGGCGAUGGUGACGAUAACGCACUGCCGGAGGUGAUCAAUCUUGCCAUUAUACCCGCGUUCGAGCAUGAGAUCGACGAGAAGUACAUCCGGCCCCACCAUGGUGAUCUGCAUCGACGCCACCGGCAUCAGUACAAUGUGGCGCCGGGUCAGCCGGCGGUGCACUGUGCGAUGCAGGCCCUGGUGGCCUGCGCCGUGUUGGCGACCUUCUUCGGGAUCGUGGGCACGUACUUCAAGUCGCGCGUCGUCGAUCACAUCCGGGUGCUGUAUUGGUAGGAUUUGUGCGGUAUUCGUUCGGUGCCGAUGGAGCACAACUAUCAGAACUAUUACUACCGGCUGUAUCGGAAGCUCGUGCAACGAUAACGGUCCAGCAAGCGGUGUAACGUUUCCAUCGUCAACGAUCGAAUACCAUGCGGGACCUGCACGCUACAGGGGCGGGAUCUCUGGUGUGGCGUUAGCGAAGCAUAAUAAUUUACCAACUAAGCAAGUGUCCGUUACACUGGUACGACCUGUAAUGAUUUCUUCGCUUGAGUUGCGCACCGUAUUUUGGGGGCGGUGUGUUUGGCUCUGUCGCACCUUCUGUUCACAUAUUGCUGCAAAAACGGACCACCAAAAUGUAACCUUAUCAUUUACACGAGCGAUAAACGCAACGGACGCCAUAUUGCAAGUUUCCUGCGAACUACCACGAGCUUAGGAUUUGAAGGUACUGCCAGCAGAGCAGAUGCAGUGACUCGCGCAUGUGACCGCGAGUAUAAUCCCCAAGUAGAGUAUCCUUUGGUGUACAAUAUUUGUGAAUGUGUCGUCUAAAGCCGUAGCUCCAACAGCCCCACACAGAUCAUAUAAGCUACAGCAUAGUGUGUCAUCGUGUCGUCGUCGUCAAUGAUGUCUCCUGUACGUAUCGGUGUUAAAGCUAGUGCGCGCUAGAGCAAAUCAGAACAAGGUAAAGAAACAAACAAACAAACAAACAAACCAACAAAACGAACAAGGAUACUUGUGGCUGUAGGAGAACUAACACGGGUGUAUAGAAACCGGCUCACUACACGUAAGGUCAGCUGCCAGGCUGGUGAUUUCGAUUUGCCACAGCCACCGCCAUAACUGUAACAUAUGUUUUGAGCUAGAGUAUAAACAAAAAUGCAUUUUUGUAUUGAUCGUUAGUAGCGAAUCUGUUCACACAAAACUCUAUUCAACUGCAAGUCUUAUAGAGAUAAGUCGCACGCUGGUGUGAUGAGGCUUCGGAGGUUUAUAUCCACACCAGAAGAGGCCGCAAGUGUAAAAAAGAAUCAAACGAACAUCCGCAUCAAUCAUGGAACAGUGCAAAACGUACACCAUUUUGUUUGUUUGUUUGAUCGUUAAAGAUCACUAGGCUGACUAGUUAAGGACAUGGAUUUGUAGCUAUCCGUCAAUUCCUUCUCCUCCCCCUUUUUCGAGUGCUAGGAACAGAUUAUAAGGUGUAGAGACAAAACAAAUAAGGUAUAAAAAAAAACAAGAAUACGAAGAAAACAAAACGAAUUGAUACUGAAGAAACAAACAAAUGGGUAGUCGCGCAAUCAAAACCAACUUUUUUCUAUGGUGAGAAAAAAAAAUACGAUUAAUUGUUUUCUUCUAAGCUAAAUAAUUACCUAAACAAACAAAACCAUACACCACACAA